CACUGUAUGCCUGAACACUGAGCACACUGUACUGUAAGACUACACACACUGUACUGUAACACUACAGUGUAUGUGUUCGCUGACUUGUGCCACACCCAUACCCAUACCCCGAGCCAUAGCAUACAUACCGUGUGGUUGUGUGAGAGUGUCUGUCACUGACUGUGAUAUACAGUAUAGUCUAUGAGAGUGUGUUAGAAAUGAAGUUUUCGUAUGUAUUGUAUGUAUAGUAGUAUUACUGUUACUGUUAUAUACAGUGAAGUGAAGGACAUUAUACACAAACGUAUUGACCCAACCAUUCAAUCCAUACAUACAUCCAAUCCAUACAACACUACGAGACCACAGUAUCAAUGAAUUACGGGCUCUGACGCCGAGCACCACCUCUUCAGACACGCCAACUAUGCCAUCGAUGACCACUUGUGUGCCACCAAUCGCCGCACCACUCAUUGCAUAGCAUCACCGCCUCAUAGCCAUCACCUCAUCAGCCAUCACAGCUACCACUGACCAGUUGACCAGUUGAUGGCCACCACACCACCCAAACUGCAGCCCCACCACACCAUUCAUGUGAAUCAAUUGCCAACCAUUGCAUACCUCCACUCCACCUCUCAUUCAAGCUAUUUAUACGAUUGAAGUAUCACUUCAACUCAUCCCAACCACGCCAUCGCUCCACUCAUCGCCAAUUGCCGUCUCUAAUGAUCGUCGAGUUAUACCACGAGCUAUGAGCACAGAUUGCUGAAGACAUCGCCAACGCACCACUCCUAACAGUUAUAGCAAUCGAUUGCAACAAUUGCCACAAAUAUUGGCUCCGAUUGUGUUUGUGGUGUUUGUGUUGGUUUGAGUGGUGACCACUUGAAGCCAACACUUCCAGUCCCGACAUCCAAGACGGGGAUCUCAAUAAUGGCCUGUUGUCUGAGCGAAGAGGCGAAGGAACAGAAGAGAAUCAAUCAGGAGAUUGAACGCCAACUCCGCAAAGACAAGCGCGAUGCCCGACGCGAACUCAAACUACUCCUCCUCGGCACUGGAGAGUCAGGAAAGAGUACUUUCAUUAAACAAAUGCGAAUAAUUCACGGAUCGGGUUAUUCGGAUGAAGACAAGAGAGGGUUCAUAAAACUUGUUUAUCAGAAUAUCUUUAUGGCUAUGCAAAGCAUGAUUAAGGCCAUGGAUUUGCUCAAAAUCCCUUACAAAGACCCCAGAAAUUCAGAAAACGCAGAGUUAGUCCGUUCUGUAGAUUAUGAAACUGUGACCACAUUUGACAGCCCUUUCGUAGAAGCCAUCAAACAGUUAUGGUCUGACUCUGGUAUUCAAGAAUGUUAUGAUAGGAGAAGGGAGUAUCAGCUCACAGACUCUGCCAAAUACUACCUGAGCGAUGUCGAUAGAAUCGCUGCCACCGAUUAUUUGCCUACACAACAAGAUAUUCUUCGAGUCCGAGUGCCUACCACUGGCAUCAUUGAGUACCCGUUCGACUUAGACUCUAUCAUAUUUAGAAUGGUAGACGUUGGCGGCCAGAGGUCGGAACGGCGGAAAUGGAUCCACUGUUUCGAAAACGUAACUUCAAUUAUAUUCUUAGUCGCCUUAAGUGAAUACGACCAGAUCCUGUUCGAGUCAGACAACGAGAAUCGAAUGGAAGAGAGUAAAGCGUUAUUUAAGACGAUAAUCACAUAUCCGUGGUUUCAAAACUCUUCAGUUAUUCUGUUUCUAAAUAAGAAAGACUUAUUAGAAGAGAAGAUCAUGUAUUCCCAUCUCGUCGACUACUUUCCUGAAUAUGACGGGCCAAAGAAAGAUGCCAUUCAUGCGCGAGAGUUCAUACUAAAGAUGUUUGUGGACCUCAACCCCGAUAGUAUGGCCCGUAUGGGUGUGCGACUGAUUGCUGUGAUAAUUGAUUGCCUAAUGAUUGACACAGAGAACAUCCGGUUUGUAUUCGCGGCCGUAAAGGAUACUAUACUUCAGCUUAAUUUAAAAGAAUAUAAUUUGGUUUAGUAGUCAUAAAGUGAUUGUUUUAAUUAAAACAAAUUGUAAUUGAAUUGAAAAUAAUUAAUAAUUGAAUGAAACGAAGAUCUGUUGAGAGGAAUGAGAAGAUGUUCAGCAUUUAAAAAGUUGUAAAUUUGUUAAAAUUGUGUUAAGUGUGAGUCAAUGUGUGCGCCAAUGACCGCUUUGGUGGGCAAUACGGCGGACUGGUAGGGACUGUGGUGUGCGUUGAGUGCCGGACCGUUGCAUCACUCCAUCUCUCCAUUCAAUUACUAUGAGUGCAGCUCUGCAGUGCAGUCGAUUGAAACAAUGAAAACAAACAUAACUAACAAAUUGACUGAUUUUGAAAUAAUUAACGGUUAAGUACUUGUAUCACACUCUCAUUGUGCACAUCAAACCAUUUGUAUUCGCCAUCAAUUCAACUAACUCUCAGACACUCGCAACUCGGGGACUCAAACAAUAACUGAAUUUUAGUGCAAUUUUUGUUUAUUUGCAACAAAAUCUCGACUUUCCUCUAAACCAAUACAAUUCAAUACAAUAUGAUUUCUCUUCAUUUGCUUUUCGAUGCAUUAAUUGAUUGACUGAUCGACGGACUCUUUGAUGGAUCGAUUGAUUGGUGCAAACAAAUGAAAUAUUAGCUGAAAAAACGCCGCUUUGACUAUAAAUUAAUUGAUUUUUUGGUCAUAAGUUACUCUUCUAUGAAAAUUUCAUAUUAAUUUAAUGUUUAAUUAACGAGUGAUACAAAUCUACCGAUAAAACAAAUGAACUUUUUAAUAUUUGUUAAUUUUUUCAGACACAAAUUUUACA